GAUGGCGAGUUGCCCGAAGAUAUCUUCGGCUUCAAGUUCGAUGUGACGAUCCCGAUGGCGAAGAUGACGAGGAGUCAACAGAGGAGAUCCGCCUUGACGCCCGCGCAGGCAAUUAUACUUUCUCAUACAUCUUGAAAGAGUCUGAUUAUCCUGGCUCAUAUAUGGUUGGGGGACAGGCCUACGAUCACACAGGGGCUGUUGUUGGCAGGAUGUCAGGUGCACUGAUGAACCAGGAGAUCUUGCAGAAGAGUUUCUAUGCUGCUUGUGAUGCUGUCUCACAGGAGCUUAUGCAGUGCUCUGUAGACCUCUUUGAUUCCAAGGGCCGCCCGAAAACCUGUUGGAAGGCCAAGGUGAAGGAAGAAUCUGCGCAGAAAGGUCGAGGCGGUUUCCUCUAUCUUGACGAGGUGCACCUUCUGCCUGCACACCGCGGCAAGGAUCUUGGCUUAGAUUUUGUCGAGGGCCUUUUCAAUGAACUUCGAGGUGCCGACAUGUGCACAUUGGCUGUGCUGGCUUUGUGCGAUGCAGCCAACGUGAAGCUGGCUCGCCACUUUGCACGCAUGGGCUUUCAACAAGUUGCAGCGGAAGGGCCGCUCACCAGCUACUGGUUCUCAUGCUUGUGUACUCGGCCAACAGGCUUCAUGUCCAAAGCCGCAGCAGCUUCGGUCACGGUUGCAGUACCUGCGAAGCCAGCGCUGCCCACGGUUUUGGUUGGAAAGGACAAGGAGUUGUUCGAUGCGUGUACCCUGAGCAUGCAACCGCCCUCACCUGAGAUGAUAGAAAGCUUAGUGAACUCUGGUGCAGACCCCGACAAGGCGUGUGCGCUUCAUGCAUGCGCAGCAAACAACCACAUCGCAGCAGGGCGAGUGCUGCUGAAGAUGGGUUGCAAUGUCAACCGGCAAGAUUGCCAAGGCAACGCUCCGUUGCAUUUGGCAGCGGCAAAGUGCAGUAGCCACUCUGGGUUGGACUUUGUGUCGAUGCUUCUUAUGCAAGGGGCACGGACUGAUCUUAAGACUUCCAAGGGCCAAACGCCAAGUGAAUGCGCAAAGGAGUCUUUGAAGUCUCUCAAGAGCUUCCACAAGUGGGAAGCAAGCAUGAUAGGAAGCACCGCCUCUGUUCACGGAUGCGAAACCAAAUUCGCGAAGAAGUGCUUGCACUUGCUUGACUCAUUUGUGCCUCAGCCGGCGGUGAAGCGCCCACGUCUCGACUAG